AUGACAGACCUAUCUCAAAUGACAUGGUCAGUGAGGUCUUCCAGGACUUUGUCUCAGCAACACAGGGAAAGUGAGUCAGAAGAAUACCUUCGCACACUCUCAGGUGUGAGCAUAUCAUUUGACAACACCUUCCGUGCUGCAACAAAAGCAACUGUAACGAGCCGAGAGAAGAAGAAGUUGAGGGUCCUGAAGGGUGGGAUAAUCAGUCUGAUGAAUGAGAAUGGGGAGAUUGUUGGCUGGUCAAACACUGAGAUAAGUGAACUCCUUCAAGGCCUCAAGACACACUGUGAUGCACUCGAUGUCCCUCCACCAGAAAUCUUUGUUGCUGACAAUUGCUGCCAUGUGCGCAGCACAGUCACCAUUGUUUUCCCUGGUGCUACCAUGAAACUGGAUGUGUGGCAUUUUAUUAUGAGAUACCCAACUGUAAUCCUCAAUCCUUCAAAGAACCCUUACCAGAAGGAAGUCGUUGCAGAGGUCUCUGCAUGCAUACUGAAGAAGCACGCUGAAGGAGGGAGCCCAGCAAAAAAUGGUCAUGCGAAGGUACGGUAUGGUCAGUGGGGGCACGCAAGGUUCACGAAGAGCAGCUUAAGCAUGUGCAUAAAGGGUGCCUCGAGCAUCCACAGCAAGACAUCUGGACAGAUGGAAGUCAUGUGGAGGGCUCCCACAAAGCGCUCUGCCAUGACUUCAUCCUCCGCUGCAACAUUUGUGUCACCUUCUCAAGGGCAACAAAGUCAGACUUCCUCUCAUCCACCCACAGCUCACACCAUGUACACCUUUGCAUGCUGCCUACCAGAGCUCCAAGAUGUGCCAUCAAAUGAGCACUUUGGGCUCAUUGAAUUGAGCUUCGCCUCCACAUUUGGCGGGUUACUCGACGUCAAGGCCAAAGACUCACCAGUCAAUCUCAAAAUGUCCAGAAACAAGCUGCUCGAGGCGCUCAGCGAUGACGGUGACACAGUGGACCUUAUCCUGCAGUCAACGAGGGCUGAAAUCCUUGAAGAAUUUGACAUCAACCCACAGCUCCUCUCUAUGCCUCUUUCACAGGCUGGGCCCUUGCUGGCGCACCCUCAUGCCACCCCAGUUUCCAGCAUCAAAACAGAUGCUCAGCCUCAAGCAGUGAGGAAGCGCAAGGCGGAUGAUGACACCAUUGUCAUCUCCAACAGUGAAACUAAUGAGCUGCUGCCCCGCAAAAUUAUGCGGCAUUUGACUGCCACGCCCACAGAAGCUUCACAGGGGAUUCCACCAGCCACCUUGGACCACUUCCUCAAGCCCAGGAGCAGACUGCCAUACUCAAAAGCUCUCUCACGGCCACUGAUGGCCACCAGCGUCGGCACUCCCAGCCAACCUCAACACGAGGACACCGCAAACAUUUUCACGCCCAUCCUGAGGCCUCCUGGGAUGACCUGGUCUCAACAUUUCUUCACAAUCGUGACAAGGAUUGAUGCUUGCGCCAUGCAAAUAUCUGGUGAUGUCGAGUUUCAUUUGUUCAUGGACUUGAGGGCCGAGUGCACGUGGAUUUCUUUCAAGAUGACACCCAGACAGUGGGCUGUAGCUACGGAGACCUACAACUGCUGUCUCAAGGAGAAGAACCGCGCUAUUGGGCUCAAAACGGUGAAGAAGAACCGCCAGAAUGACUUCAAGUCUUGCUCAGGUUCGGAAACAUUCUGGAGAAGGCACUGUCAUGUCAUCGAGCUCAUCAAGGCCAAGCCUGGCAAGAAGCUUCACAAGGCACAUAUGUGCUCCCGCUGCCAGACCAUCAUGUACCCCAGUCCCGAGAACUUGGGGUACAACCACAGACAUGGUUUUUGCGCUGACAGCACCAAACAGGUGUCCAAGAAUGAGCCGCCUCCACCCUGGCCACAGCCACUUGGCAUUUUUUCUGAAGGCAAGCACUUCCAUCCGCGUGCCUUCCUCGAAACCGUCAAGCAAAUUUACAAGCAAGUCUUCCUCCGGCCAUCUGGUGAAAGCCCUGCCCUCGAGCAGGAGGCAUUCACAAUGAUGCUGCUUGAUCGGUCCAUGACACUCGAAGAAGGCAUGGUGCUCUUCAAGCUAUAUGAGGAGCUCGAGAUCGACAAGUCGACGCCAGACGCGCUGCUGACUGUGCACAACAGCAUCAAGCAUCUUUGUGUCGAGUAUCUCCAGGAGCACUGGGACUCGUAG